AUGGGGGCCGUUGAGGUGGCUGGGGGCUCGCAGAAGGGUUUCACUGGACCAAAAGGGCCCUCACGAAUCACCGGUACAGACAGGCCGGGGAGGUGGACGAAACGGUGGCGUCUCACUCGUUGGUCCCAUCGCACGAUCAGCCUUACGGCGCCGCUCGAUUGGGCGGUGCCGCCUGCGGCCAGUCGAAAGGACGUGUUGCAUUCCCGCAGCCGCACGGAGUGCGCCUGCAGGUGUGCCAGUACGUCUUCGCCGAACAACGAUGCGCUCGCCCCCGAGUCGAGGAGAGCCGCAAACGUCCGGCCGGCGAUGGUGAGAGCCAAGAACGGGGCAGGCGCAUCGGGCGAAGAGUCCACCCGAUACGCGGACGGAGCGAGGGCGAUCAAGGGGGCCCCCGCGUUCCGUCGCGCCGCCGGCCUCGUCAGCGGCGGCCGGAUCCGUUUCCCGAAGCUUGUUGAGGCGCGGGCCGCUGGUCGGUACAUUCUCGGGCAAAAUGGCCGGGACGACCGCAGCGGUAACACUGGACGUUCGAACCGCGGGACGGGUUCCGUCGCAAGUUCCUUGGCGGGUUGGGGCGCUCAUUCUGGGCAUCAAGGUGCCCGGUCUGCGCCCAUCUGCGCGGCCUCGGGUCCGCGGGGCGGUCCCGAUAACGCUGGUUCGCCUGCGCCUCUGUGGAGCAUCUUCGCAAGCCAAAGGUGUAGGGGUCGAGAGCACGAUUGGAGAUGUCCCUCGUGUCCGUUCCCCGCGGGUCGGCAUAGGCCGCGCACACCUCGGGCCGGCGAGAGCGAGAUCCGCUGUUUCCAUUCCACGCGCAGCGCGGCUCUAGGGACUCCGACGGCGGGGGCGGAGGCCGAUAGGCGCGAGCUGCGAGGAUAUCGCCCUGGACGCGGCGGGCUUCGGCGGCAAGCUCGUCCAGAGAGCUGAACCUGCUGCCUCGUAAGUAGGCGGCGAACGUCGGGUGCGCCUGCCUGAUUACCCGCUCCACUCUCUCGGCGUUCGGGGCGGCAGGGUCAGCUAUUAGAAAUAGCUCCUGCAUUGCCCUGACAUACUCGAGAAGCGAUUCGUCCGGGUGCUGGGUCCGUCGCUCCAACUCUCGUCGCAUCCUCCGCUCAUAAUCCGCGGGGAGGAAUUCCUGGCGAAAAGACACCCGGAACUCGUAGAGAGUGAGCGCAUGCUGGCCGGCAAGGCGAAACCAGCGGGCUGCCUGAUCGGUGAGGGCGACCGGCAGAAUGCGGCCCAGAAUUUCCUGGUCAGACAUCCCCAUGGCCUGCUGGUAGUGAAGCAGAUCCUCCAGGAAGUCCGUUGCGCUGACCGCGUCGUCGUACCCCUUAUACUUGGGUAUGGGGAUUCGGACCGGUGUUCGCGUGGCUCGCGGUCCUGACAAAACGGACUGCAUGGCUCCGGACAGGCUCUCAAUGAUUCGUGAUGCAUCUUGCAAAAGCGCGUCAUGAGAGCUCUGCUGUCCAUUUCCCGAGCAGACUGGUGUGGGCACGUGCAGCGCUGGGGACUCGUCUCGCAAAAGGGAGACUCCCGAAACGCCGUUCGGCAAGCGAUCGGCUCCGUCUGUGGGCAAGUCAAUGAGAUUGCCGACCGCGGUGGCCCCAA